AAUUUAAAUCGCCGAAUAUGUCUCGUGGUGGCACACGAGUCUACUUUGGAAAGAUUCCCAGAGAUACAAGAGAAAGAGAUUUAGAGCGGUUUGUGCGAGGAUUUGGCAGAGUGCGUGAAGUUAGCAUCAAAGCUGGAUACGGUUUCGUGGUAAGUGUGGAAAUACAAGCUAUCGAGCAUUUAUAAUUUUACUGCCGUAGCUUUGAACUGUAUUUUCGUUUCCCUUUGGCUAGGAAUUUGAUGAUCCAAGAGACGCAGAUGAUUGUGUAUAUGAUUUAAAUGGAAGAGAACUUUUAGGAGAAAGGUAAUUUUAUCACGAGUUCUGUCAUUAAUGACUAAAAAGAAGUUCAUUGAAAUUGGUUCCGUGAAUACCUGCACUUGAAAGUAAGAUAAGCCGAUGUUUAACAUCGUGGUUAAACAAACUAAUGCUUCUUGGAUCAAUAUGAAAGCAGUAGUAAGCCUACAUAAAAUAUCAUAUAUUGUACUCUUUACGUCCAAAUACAAAGGAGGGGUAUUUCGCAGAACGCCGAAUGCGGAACGCUGAAUGACUCCGAGUUUAGUGAUAAGGGUUAGGUUACACCUGAGGUCUAGAGUGUUUAGUACCUAACUAUACUUCAAUUUAACCUGUUGGAACAGAGUUGAGAAUUAGUGUUUGAACAAAAUAAUUAUAAGCCACAGGGUAGUAAGUGGAAUAAUAAUUAGAAGGCCGUUUUCACCAGAUCAUAAUACACUGCAUUUAACUCAGAGUAAUUUUUUUUUACUCAACUCUCUUGACUGAAAUGCUCUACCCUUAACUUUGACUCAGACUCUGUCACUAGGAAAAAAACUAGUCGUAAAAAAGGGGCUCUAUAAUAAAGAUAAUGCUGUUUAUUCAGGGGCACCCAACGAGAAUAUAGUUCAAAACCACUUAAACAUAGAAUUGAUGAACGUAUUUUAGUAUUUAAACGGUAGAUAUAGGCAUAUUUUUAUCCCCUAAAAAUUUUUCAUCUUUUCGGAUUUCUUAGCUGAAAGUCUAGUGAUCCGAAAAUUACAGGGAUCAAAACUUAACUUUUCGAAAAUUUCAGCCAGAAAAAAGGCUCCCGAAAAUUCUAGCUGACCUUUUUAGGUUAAAAAUCCAUUAAAAAUAGGCAAUCAUACCAUUUUUUAGAUGUUCGAAAAUCCUAGGAGAGGCAGGCAAGCAAGAAAUUUUACAACAAAUGUUCCGAAAAUUCUAGAUCUCAAAUCGUCUUCUGAACAGAUAUUUUUCCGAAAAUUGUCGUUGGGUGCCCCUGUUUAUUCGGCGCUGAAAGUCAUUACUUAGUGCCUUAAACUAUAAACAAAGUGCUCUGUUAGAGAUAUAAAGAAGAUAUCAAACAAGUCUCAUCAGAGAGCACAAAUUACAAUAUUUGUUUGGUGGUUUUUGUAGACAUACAGGGUUCUCAAUAGAAGGCGGCACCCGGCGAUUGAUCGCCGCUUACUUUGGGAUUUAUAGCCGCUUACUUUGUGUUUAAGUCGCUUUUCUUUGCUUUGUUUUGACACCUCUGGCUUUGCUGAAGAGCCUCCUACUUUAUCAGUGAUCACCUCCUACUUAAAAAUCUAUUGAGAACCCUGGACAUAGCAUUAAAAGUUGAAAAAGUUGGCCCAAGUAUUUUUUUAGAAGUUUCAGUCCAAGUCUAUCCUUGCCAUCCCUUGUAUAAACAGAUGACAGGAGGAGUAUCAAUGCCUAAAUAACAAACCUGGACCAUUGCUUUUGGAAUUCAAUAAAGGCAAAAAAAAAUGUUUUAGCUUUUUAAAAAGAUAGCAAGUAGUGUGACAUAGCCCUUUUAAAUAUUGUUUUCAUUGAAUAAUAAGAUAAGAAGAAAAUAAAUGCACAAACUCAAGCCCUUUCUACCUGGCACUAAGGAGUUGUACUGCCUACAAGUGCAAAUCAUUUUGACUGGGCUGAUCACUAAGGAAGUAGCUUUGUCUUAUUUACAAAAACAGAGUUGUGGUUGAACAUGCAAGAAAUCCAUCCAGAACUUCAGACUAUGGUUACAGAAGUAGUGCACCAAGGUAAAUAAAUCUGGCAAUAAAAGAGUGCUUUAUACAGACAUAGAGGGCACAAAAUUAACUUGGCUGCUUGAAAGCAGAGGCUAAUCUCAACAAUAUAUUCACCAAGCCACAAAAAAGUUAGCAUGUGAUUUUACUCUGUUAUGUUAAAUGUAAUGCCCACCAGCAUGACAAGUUUUCAGUGCCAAUAAUCCCAAUCUGUUGUAUACAGUCUGUCUCAAAGUACUAUGUUAGAAGGGAGACGCUUCCAGGGACUAUUGAGUUACAGUAUAUUUACUGCAAAAUGGCUUCAGCAGUAGAUUUAUUUCAUUGAGUAUGUGAGACGCUUCCAGGGACUAUUGAGUUACAGUAUAUUUACUGCAAAAUGGCUUCAGCAGUAGAUUUAUUUCAUUGAGUAUGUGGAAGCAUGUGCUAAUGUUUUGUAACAUGAAAGAUGUUUGGAUGUCCAAACCAGCUUCAAGUGAAGUUCCAAAACAAUCACAAAAGUCAUCAGAAUGAAGGAAAUGAUGGCUAAACAGGGCCUUUUUUACUAUCAAUAUUGUAGUUGAUCUUACUUAUGAUUAUCAAUUUUGUUCUAAGCAGUAGCAGACCUCCCAGAAGAGGGCGCUCACCACCAGUUAGGACAGAACACAGGCUUGCGGUGGAAAAUCUUUCUUCACGUAUCAACUGGCAGGUGUGUAAUUGCAUAAGCUUAUUUUUUGUUUGUUUCUGUGUCGUAAAUGUAGUUUAUUACAUUGUCUAUAUUUAUGCGUUUUGUCUAAGGACAGGAUGGAAGAUGACUGUUUAUUAGUAAAUGAUUCAGUGUUCUCAGUCAACGCUGAUCAGAAAUCUGAUCUCCUUCAUUAGAAUUCCCUUUUUUGUUCUACACUCAUAACGUUUCAGUUGAUAUUGUAUUUUUCAAUGCAUCUUGAUAGGCUAGUUUCAUUUAAUUACGUUGAUUUUUGUUGUAGGAUACAACCAAAUGUUCAAAGUUGUAGGUAAUAAAAUAUAUUGAAAUUCGAUUGGUAACUAUCAUGGUUUCAAAAAAAUUGACUUUUGAUCACCACCUCUUGAUUGAUCUGUAGAUAUCCAAAGCUAGCUAUGCCAUGUCCUAGCCAGUCUGCCUGCCCUACUCCUAGUCGGUCAUUCAGUCAGUUUCAUACAGACAGACAGACGGACUCCAUUUGAGCCUCUGCUACCCAACCAACCGUAGCAGCAAGUGCCGAGAUGUUUGAGCACUGUGGCGAUGCCAUGUUAAUUUUCCAUUCCGAGUACCGUACCGUACCCUUGCCUCAACAAACAGACAGUGUUUCAGGGCUUAAGUUAGUGCUAUUUUCCUCCAUCCAACCAGUGAGGGCUCUGUCUUCAGUGCCAUGAGCUAAAACUUACAGUUGGCCACCGGUGCUCAUCAGCCACAUUCAGUUUCCAAUUUGUAACAUUUGAUUCUCUAAAAUUGAGGCAAAAGACUACUGGACGGUAAGUAACAUGGUUGCUGGAAGCCCAAGGGAACAUACACGUGUGUAAUUUUAGGCUAACAGUGGUUGGUAUUCGACUAUAUUGUCAAAACUUCUCAGUGCGAAAGAGUGUUCCAAUUGCUUGUUUUUACAAAAGUUCAAAGCUUUCAAGAAUUUGCUUACAUUUGUACAUGUCAUGUUGAUAAUCAAACAGCCUUGUAUCUUGUUGUAUUCCUCACAGAUCCAGCGUUCUAUUUUGUUGGAACCUUGUCUCUAGGAUACAUUUUUCUCAAUGUCUUUAGUUAUGUUUCUCUGUUAUUGUAUUGUGAAUCAUAAAAGUGAACUUGAAGUAUUGUUUCAGGAUUUGAAGGAGUACAUUUCUAAAGCAGGAGAAGUUACAUUUGCUGAUGCCCAUAAGAGAAGACAGGGAGAAGGGUGAGUAUUAAUCAGAGGUGUGUUUUAGCCCUGUCAGUCCAAAUUUCUAUUCGUAAAACCAGAAGAUCUAAUUAUGCUAUUGAAAAGUUUUACCAAAGAGGUUUGAUUUGAAUGGUACAGCUGUAACACCAUAGGAUUUCAUUGACAGAUGCAAAAGAUAGAACAACAUGCUAAAUGAAUAAUACCAUGUGAAAGCACUUGCUGGGUGGAAGUGUAGUGAUGAAAAGUUUAAGUAUGACAUCAUGUGUUUUUUUUAUGUACAGUUUGUUGCUGCAGUUUUCAGCUGUUCAUUUUUUUCUUUCUCUGCAGAGUUGUAGAGUUUGCCACCAAAGAGGACAUGAAGAAUGCUUUAAAGAAACUUGAUGAUUCAGAAUUAAAUGGCAGGCGCAUCCGUCUCAAAGUUGUAAGGCCUAUUUCCCAUUUCCUUUUCUCUUACCUGCUUUACAGUUAACAAAGGUUCUUUAUGCUUCAAAAGGUUUUUAAAAGCUGUUAGGUCAGGUCAUUAAAUCCCAUUCAGCAACGUCAUCCUUGCUUAAAAACAAAGGAAUAUAGGAGCAAGAGACUACAUUCAGUCUUUUUUGUUAAUUUCUCACUUGUUCACUAGGACCAUGGAAAUGAGUGUUAAAUUUUUUUACCUUUUAUCUUCCAAAUAGGAAAAGGUGAAAUCAUACUCGCGUCGAUCACGUAGCCGCAGUAGAUCUCGAUCUCCAAAGCGCAAAAAGAGGUAAGAAUGUUUAAGUGACAGAAACGUGAUUGUUUUAGUCAGAAAAGAAAAUGGCAGAAAUAUUAUGUUCUCUAAGCAUAUUAUCACAUAAAUCGUCUUUCAGUCGAAACAAACCUCAUCAGAUGGGGUUGCAUUUGUCUGUGCUUAGUAACCAGGCACAUGUUUUUGACGCAUGUUUAAACAAUCAUGGUGGAUUGUUUAAGCAUUUCUUGACAUAUUUCAGUUUGUUUUACACCCCCCCUUGUUGUAAAAGGCUUACCAGUGUGAGAUUUUAGUCGUGAGAUCUGUUUUUGCCAUUUACCUGGCAACUUGAAAUCUUAGUGACAGUCCUAUUUUAUACCUGUCCUUUACAUAUUUCCUCUGGCAAAUUGAAAUCUUAGUGACAGACUCCAUAUAUUUCCCCUGGUAAAACGCAUGAAAAAAUGUUGUCAUGUGCCACACAUGAAUAAGUCUACGUUCAUUUUCAUGCAUGAAAUGUUUAUCCUGUUCUCACAAUAGAAGCCACUCUCGUUCUCGCAGCCAUUCAAAGUCCCGUUCCAAAUCACCAAAGAAACGCCAUCAUUCUUCAUCUCGUUCAAGGUCACGCUCCAAAUCACGCAAGUCAAAGUCCCGCUCACAGUCCAAAGAGAAAGAGCGAUCAAGGUCCAAGUCUGUGGAGGAAGAAGACAAAGAAGAGAAGAGUCCAGAGAAGGAGGACCCAGAGGAGGAGGCAGAAGGGGAUGCAGAUGCCGAGGCUGAUGGUGAUGGCGAGGAAAAGGAAGGUAGUCCAGAAGCAGUUAACGGAGAUGGAGAGGAAGAAAAUGGCGACGGUGAUCAAGAACUUGAAGUGGAGGAUGAAGUUGAGGAGGACUGAGUAACAUUGAAAUCACAGUGUUUUACACUGUAACUCAUAUUAUUAAAGCUAAGCCUGUUCCUGCUGUUGAGCAUUCUUGAAAUAAGGCGGCUUAUGCAACAGAUUAUAUAAAGCCACACAGAUACCUGUUAGAGGUUGCAAUAGUGACUUUCAAGUUUUCACUUAAACAAGUGAGUUUUCAGUAGUGUUCAUGUAAACUCGUACAGUAAAUGCAUCAAUCGUUACACAUGCAUGUGUUCAAUGUAGUCUACAAAGUAGAGAAAUGUUUUUUAGCACCUAAACCCAUUUUUAGCAGUAAGUUACAAACUAUUUAGCCUUUGAUAUACACUUUUGUGUCGAGCACCCAGCAGGCCUUGAUUUCCUGUUCCAAUUCAAUCUAUUUUACACAGCCCUAUUUGUUUAUACUUGGUGCAAAGCAAUGAUUUCUUUUUGGUUCAGCAUUGUCUCCUACAGUGUAUACCAGUUUUACUACAGUUCCAUUUUCUUCUAUUUCAUGGACCCUUUUAACGUUUAUGUGAACAAGAAGGUCAAUUAGGAUUUGCUUUUCCUCAAAUUUCUUUCAAGACAUUGGCAUUGCGUUACUCCCGCCUGCAAAGUAGAAUACAGUACUGUGUGUCCAAGCAUAAUUACAUUUAAUUAAGCGAUGCAUGUCCUUUUAUACUUAAUAUCAACAUUUUACGAAAUUUCCAUCCUUGAAGACUCAAGGACAGCUGUCUCAGAUGGGGCUUUUUCAGAUGAAACUAUUUCAAAGUUUGACCCUUUGAACCCUCAUAUGAGCUUGCAUAUUCUCGACACUGGUCUCCAUACAGUUCUUGUAUCUACGUCUGAGGAGAAUUUGUUCAAAAAUCAAGACUUUACACUUGCUUACCACUUUCUUUCUUCCUGUGACUUGUAUGCCUGACUGAGCAUUUAAGGAGAAAUUAGCUGUUAUAGAAUCUUACAUGUAGGGUUGAAGGUUUGCAUCAGAAAUGGGAUAUUGAACCAGGUCGAGAAGCAUUUCUGGCCAAUUACAACCAGUUAAUAGCCCACAUUUGAUAUAUUAAAAGUCUAACAUGACUCCGAUUCUUUCUGGUCAUUUUUCUAUAUUUGGGUUGGUUUUCUUUGUACUCAAGUCUAUUCUGGGAAUUGUGAGACAGUGGAGUCGUGAAAGAUUUGCAAUUUUGACCUGAGUCAUGUUAGAAGUUUGAUAUAUUGAACAUGGGCUAUUCAAACGCUUCUGGAACUUGUUUGGUGCUCAAUUCCUCUUGGAAAUUUUGCUCAAUAUGAUUUUUGUCUGUGAAUAUCCCCUCUCAGUUAGCUGGCCUUUAACUUCAGGGGUGUGAAAUGUCUGGACUAAUGUCUAAAUUUGUAAUCUGGUGUUCCCUUGGA